UUAUAUAUAGGAUUCUAAGGAAGUAGGACUGGACCUGAACUGGAUGAAUCAUCUUUAAGUGCACAGAAUUGUCUUGAAGUAUAUGGUACUGCCACAUUUAGAGAAAUAAGCCGAUUUCUCAGGAAAGUUUUGAUCGGAUUUGAGUAAAACCUUCCUCCAAAUUCCUACAGACUGUGAAACCAUCACUGGAGGAUUGCUCAUGAAAAGUCCUUUGCAUCUUGUAUGACAUUGUCGUUGACAUAGAUUUGAUCGUCAUGAAGUCGUUUUGUGACAUUUCAUGUAUUCUGCUAUUUCUGGAUGUUUUUUUGCUUAUGUCUGUGAAUUGCCAAAAGAAAAACAAAGGAACAACUUGGUCUGUGGUGAAAACACAGGAUAUCACGGUGGUGGAGGGGCAGAGGGUGGUGGUCAUAUGCCGCAUUCCAAACAACGACACAGAUGCAACCUUCCAGUGGGUCACAUAUGACUCAGACAUGAUCAGGAUUAAAAGUAAUGGUCCAGAACUAGUGAUUGAGAGUGCUACAGUCGAAGACACUGGCAUAUACACAUGUUUACUGUUCAAUGACGUGUUAAAAAAAUUGGACGUCAGGCUGACAGUCAAACAGACUACCACUUCUACCACAACCACGACAACCACGGAACCACCAACUACCACCAAUUCUACCACUAUCACUGCCGGAUUGCAGAUAUGUAUGUUUGUUGUGUAUUAUAUAUAA